CUCAGUUUACUACAAGCGCCGACGGCGAACGUAUGUCGCUCCGCGUCCCUUAGUGCCCGAGUGUAUGGUGCUGGUGUAUUAACAUAACAGCUAAUUGUUCUGUGUCGUGUGAUUGUUGUGUGGUGUUCUGAUACUGCCGAGCGACCUCCCCGGGUCACAUUUGUUGUGAUGCAUUUGAGGAUAUACCUAUGGCUGUCUUGUGUAGCCCUCGCAGGAUACGUUCGAGCGACAGAGGUACCUGUCGCAGAAUCCGACACGCUCCACGACCACGAGCCGCUCGCGUCCGACCGGGACCUGUUCAUCGACGAUGACGGCUCGGGGCUAGAGAUCGACGAGUCCUCCGGCUCCGGCUGGGGCCCCGGACCCGGGCCCGACGACGAGGACGGCCGCGGCUCAGGUGACAGCCGGCUCACGCUGACGGAUGACGAAGACUACGUCCCGAGAACCAUCCCCACCACCACCACCACAACCACAGAAACGCCGAUAGUACCGGAAACUGUAGCGCCAGAUUAUGUAGAUCCUCGCGUGCUCGACGAGAAGCCAGGGCCCGGCGCGGACAGCGCGCGCGGCGCGGGGGAGGAGCAGCCCUCGCGCCCCGACCAGGACCCCAUCAGCAUCUCCAGCGAGGACGCCAACCCGGGCACGGACCAGGACCCCUCGGGCACCAACGUGGGCGCCGAGUCGCGGCCGCAGGACAACGUGGUGUUCAUCAUGAACGCCAAGGCGGAGGACCGCGCCACCAGCUUCUUCGCGCAGCCGGGCAUUCUUGCCGCUGUGAUCGGCGGAGCCGUAGUCGGGCUCCUGUGCGCGAUCCUCGUGGUGAUGUUCAUAGUGUACCGCAUGCGCAAGAAGGACGAGGGCUCGUACGCGCUGGACGAGCCCAAGCGCAGCCCGGCCGCCGCCUCCUACGGCAAGGGCCAGAACAACCGCGAGUUCUACGCGUGAGACCACACAGAACAAACCCUGCCACGUGUUUACUAGUCGACGGACCGACACAUACUGGCUAACACUCUCUACAAUUAAUUGAUGCCACGGCAAAAUGGUCAUGGUGAACGAUGGAAUCGCGCACUUAUUUCACUUCUCUUCUAACUUUCAACCGAGCGGUAUAGUGGGAAGUAACGCUGUUAUUCAUAAUAUGUUGACAUGAGACUUAUAAUUUUACAACUUGUGAAUUGAUAGGUACUUAGGAAAUGUUCACCCGAGAGAAAUGGUCUAAGUGAGCGAUUGAAUCGUACUCUUAUAAAACUACCUGAAAGGAAUGGUAAACUCAUGUGGGAAUAAAUUAAUUGUGGACAGUAAUAGCCGCUUGGCCGGUCAUUCCAUUAUCAAAUUUUGAAUUCCUUCUGUUUGUAGCUCUUUUGUUAACGUGGCUAAAAUUGUUCUGUAAACCAAUAAAACAUCAAAUCGACGCUUUUUAUUUGAAAAAUUAUGACACGAUUGUACUUGAAUGCAUGAAUCAAGUAGAAAAAUAGUGUAUGACGGAUGCAUCGUUGUGUAACGAUCACUUUGAGGCAAAGUUUCAAAUGUUUUCUGACUUCAAGUACUGAGACCAAUGUGGUUGAGUGUUUGAUAUCAUUCUGUAGUUGAUGAAUUUGAGAUCUUGUACCUAUAGAUUUGUCUGUAAAAUAAUGUGCCAUUCGCUUCCUCUUCAACUGUAUAUUGCCUAACUACGCGUAGAUCUACUCUACAUACUAUAAUAAUCUCAAAAAUGUCUAUGGAUACGUCCAUUGUUCGUCUAUGAUGUAUGUGUAAUAUAAUUGUGUAGGUAAAUAGAUCAUAUCGGUUAUUAUGUGUACGUUUAAAUUAAUUCUUAUUACAUAUCGCUUCCAUGAAAUAUACCAUCGAAAUUUUUGAAAAAUAUUUAUUUAAUAUUGGCUGUAAUUUUAAAAUUGAGGCUUUCAAAAUAUUGAUGUUAUGUACUUUUAUGGUGUUCCUUUUGUAUUUAGGUUACUGUAAUAUUUUGGGUAAAUAUUCUUUUAUUUUUUGCACUUUUAGCAAUUGGGGUUUCGAUUAAUAUUAAUUAAUGUUAUAUUUUAGCAUAAGCAAAUAAAUAAAAUGUAUACAGUGAGUAAAUGAUAUUGAAAGAACUGCACGAUUUUUUCAACAACUUCAAUAUGUUUAGUAUCAAACUCAAACUAUAUAUAUUUAAUUAAUUUUGUCAGUACAUAUUUUAUUUUAUGUAAUGACGUUAUUUUGCUGACUGUAUACAUUUCUCGAUGAAUACAUUUUGUCACUUUGGCUAUGAACUGAGGUUUUUCAAUUAUACAAUAUAAUUUCAUUAUUUAGUCUUUAUUUGUUUUUUAUAUUAUCUACUUUGACAUUACCGAAUACCAUCCAACUUGGUCUGCAGCAUUUAGCUUUAACUAAACGCGAGCCACGUAUCAAUGUGACGGAAAGAGUUUUUAACUUAAAUAUUUAAUCUGAUAUUAGGUUGUGCAACGAAAUAUAUAUUUUAAUUCUACUAAUUGUGAUUUGUCUUCAGUUGUUAAACACUUGUGCCAUCUUCAAUAAUUUAUUAAUUCUUAAUAGUUACACGUGCUUGGCUCCAAAUGAAUUUUAAUUUAUCAAAUAAUCAAUGAGUCAAUUAAUUUAUUUAGCGUAAAUUAAAGCAUGUGUUUUAUGACUGUUAUACAAUAAAACUAAUGUUUUAUAAGGAUUCAAUAGAUGAUGAACUAUUCUGAUUAGUAAAUUAAAUUAAAUAUUGCUAUUUUAUUUAAAUUGAUGUAACUAACUUUAAUGACAUGAAUGUAUAAAUAUUCGGGAAAUUAUAAGCACGUAUUGGACAUUUCAUUAGAAUCGUAGUUGUUGAUAACCAAAUAUUUUCUUGUUGUAAACUGCUUAAUUAAAUACAAAAACAUGACGCAUCUAUAAGGGUUCCGUUUUUUGCCAUUUGGCUACGGAACCCUAAAAAUACCAAUAAAAUGAACAAUAAUUCUAAAUUGUUAGUGUGAAACGCAAAUGCACCUACAGGAAAGGCCGGUCUUUUUAAAGACAUACUGACGUCCAGGAAAUAACAGAAACUAUUUAUACCUAUAUACACAUAUAUGUGUAAAUAGCGAAUAUUUAUUUGUUAUUUUGCCCUACGGGCUUAAGGUAAAAUCAUAUAAGAAUGAACCAACAGUCGCAGUUUACUCCAAGAAGAGCAAUUAUUUGAGAAAUCCCAAACAUUCCUGUCGGAUCCAUAUUAUACAAUAAGCAGUAGCGAGCCAGUGCUCUCUUAGGUCACUUAUUUGAAUGCUAAUAUAGAUACUUAAAAUAUACAUAGUACAUUCAGUUUUUGCUCCAAAGUGACAACAUUAAGGUCUAAAAUAUGCCACAAGCCUACUAGAAGAAAUGAGAUACGCCACAGCAAAUUAUUAAACAUUACUAAACUAAUCAUUAAAAUCUGAUUAGAAAAGAAACAGUGGCACUCCGGCAAAGCCGACAGAAGUGAAAACUUCAAAAACCUAGUACAAUAACUUUACUGAAACAUCUAAAUUAGCAUUCACCUAAGAGGCAAUUAGUGUAUAAGGAUUUGUACAUUGUAAUUGUAAAUUCUUUUAGACUUAAACUGAGUAAUUUAUACAGAAAUAAUGAUACUACAAUAAAUAUAGUAUGGCUAAAGCUGAAAAUAUUUAAGUGCAUCUAGCCAUCUAACAGUCCUUAACAAGUAUAUUAUAAGUAAUUAUCGAAUAUUGAAGUAAUCAACAUUAAGAGACAUGUCGCGAUUCUAAAAAUUUAACAUAAAGGAUUAAAUUGUGUAGACAAGAUAAAUGUCUCUUACGGAUAAAAUUGGGAACUGAAUGGACUGACUUUAUCAAUAUUUCCUAAGAAUGAAAUUUUGAUAAAAUCGUAAAGGUUACAAUGCGAAGUAUUUUUACAGGAAAGUUAUGCCGUAUAUACAUAAUCAUGACAAUGCAUAUUUAAACACCAUAAUUAUGACAUCAAGGUCACAAUCUAGGAUAUAGUUUGUUUGAAAUAUCCACAACGCUUGCCGAUCAUAUGUACAGCCCUUCCCAAAUUAACUUUACUUAAUAAGUACAGGACGAACAUAAAACAUGCAUUUGAAAACCCCGCUUAUUAAGUAAAGUAAAAUAAAUAUGAUCAGUUAUAUUAAUGGAUGAAAUAAUUGUCAUCCAUUUUACUGUUUAUGUUAUAAUUCUUGCCGGCUGUACACACUCGUCGAGAGCUUCUCGCCGAGGAUCUUGGUGAAAAACCGACCCAACCGGCGAGAUGAGACGAGUAAGGGCGAGACCAGAAGGGAGCAGUGUACACACUCGUUCUCGUCCUGUCUCGGGGUCUCGACGAGUGUGUACGGUCAGCAUGAAAUUGGUCCUAAUAGUACAGAAUGUUUGAAAUGUGUUUCAAGAACAGUAGAAGUAUCAUAACAAUCGAUUAGACUAGAUGAAUACCAACUUACGUAAUCGGCAGGGCAUCAAUAUGUUAUAUGGAUAAAAUAGCAUGUAAUGGGGUUGGCAACUGUCAAAGGUUUGCAUAGAUGGCGCCAUCAUAGCUUGCCCCUGUCUCUAGUUUUGUUCUAUGAGAUUUGGCUUAAAGUACUGGAAUCCAGGUCAGAAAAUUCCCAAAAAAAAAACUAGAAUUUGACACAAUUCUAGGGAUUGACAGGGCAAGCUAUGAUGGCGCCAUCUGUUUAAUACUUCGACCGGCCAACCCCAUUGUCAUAAUACGAUAUUAUGUUAUGUUUUGACAUUAAUAAUAUAAAAGUCGAGUUCAAAACACGCCUCUCCCGUAUGUUAUUUCAUUGAUACAAAACAAACAUGACUUUGUCAAAUACACGGUGCCUAUAAAUCCACAAUAGAUUUCGCCAACUAAGUAUAUAAUCCUAUCUAUAAUAUAAGUACUCCACUUCUACUUCCACUACAAAUUCUACUAGAUACUACUUUGAUACCCUUCCCUAUUGUGGGUCUGCUUUAUAAUUAUAACUAAAUAUACAAGGAGGCCUAAUACCAUCUAAUAGUGUGGACAAAUUUUUAUAUUAUGACUUCGAUAUUUGUAUUAUUAAGCAUUAACUCUACAUAUAAGCUAGUUUUGCAGACAGUGUGGAAGCAUCAUAUUUUGAUAGGAAUUCUUUUAUUGUGGCAGUUUUUAAUGAUUCACGGUUAGUUUCGCUAGACUUAUAUCAAUGUUUUUGAAUUCCCGAUAUUAUCGACGCAGUUACUUGCAUCUGGUUCACGGGUAUAUGCCUGGGGUGGUGGGGGAAUAGCGGUACGCGUUGAAAUAUCGGAAGCUCAAAAACAAUACGGUCGAUAUAAGUCUAGUUUAUGGUGACAUUUCCAUACUCUGUAGCUGGCGAAGUUAGCUCCGACGGACUUUAAAAGGAAAACGUUACCUACAUCGAAUGCUGAUACUUCUACUGUUCAUGUUGUGGAAUAUACACUAAUAAAAUAACGCCUAGGAUAUGGGAGGCAUAACUUAUUGAUGUCCACCUUGUAAAUAAUGCUCCUUUACACUUAAUAUACAGGUCAUUAUGAACAA